GAAGAGAUUCAGCCAAAAUGAAACAGCAAUAGACUCGAGACUGCAGGACAACACUUAUUCAAAGGAGCUAAUUGGAUGCAACAAAAUAUUUUUUUUUUAAAGAUGACCUACGUUAGUGUUUGCCUGCUGGCAUUAUGUGUGCUAUUUAUGAAGACAGACGGCCUUCUUCAAUCUCGAGACCUACCUAUAGAAAUGGCAAAAUGCUUGAACAGGUUUUACAGUUCCUGUACCAUAGAAGAAGAGGUCGGUCUCUCUAUUUUACACAACUGUAUACAGGAAUACAAAUGGAAGCCUAAUAGAGAACGACAAUAUCCAGAGAAACGAUUAAGUCCAGAGGGUCAGAGGUACUUGGAAGGGCUGACAAGAAAAGUUCGCUCUCUCCACACCUCUCGGGGCAAGCGACAGGCCGCUGUAAGAAGGAGGAAGGAAUACCGUAUGUUGUCCGCCAACGAAAGGGCAAGGUACCACAAUGCCGUCCGGAGACUCAAACAAAGCACGGGUGGGGAACCAAGCCGUUAUGAUACGAUAUCCUCUUUUCAUACUGGUGAUAUUGAACAAACUGCUCACUUUGGAUGUCAUUUUGCUGGAUUCCAUAGAGAAUAUUUAAAAGUGUAUGAAAUGGCACUGCAAGAGAUUGACCCCACCGUAACUUUACCUUACUGGGAUUCAUUACUGGACCAGUAUAUGGACGACAGUGCAUCUUCGCUCAUGUUCUCCCCUCAGUUUAUGGGAAAUGGUAAUGGUGAAGUGACAUCAGGACCUGCAGCUAAUUGGCAAACGGAAACUGGUCCAUUAAGAAGAAACGUCGGUGUGGAAGGAGAACUGUACCUGUAUGAAGAAAUUCAAAACAUCACAACCAGAACACGUUUUGUAGAAAUAUGCGGAAUGACCAGAGACAUGGAGAAUCAUGGUUUGGAAUUCCAUCAUGGCGAUAUUCAUCUUUGGGUUGGAGGGAACAUGGCUGAACUCAACACUGCAGCAGACGAUCCCCUAUUCUGGAUGCAUCACGCCAAUGUCGACAGAAUUUGGGAACUUCAGCGACAAAAUGCUUUACGAGCUGGAGUUGACAUUGAUAACGACUAUCCAACGAAUCCAGAGGAUUACGGGAACGAGUUUCAUGCCCCUGACGCAGAGUUCGGGUUGUUGAGACCCGAUUUAACAGUCCGAGACGGCGUCCGUCGUAAUAUGAUGGAUGGCUUAUAUAUGUACGAACCAUCUCCAACUUGCAGUGCCAGGUCAAUGGACUGUGGAUCAAACCAACUGCGGUGCGUGCAGCUCAACGGGAACUACAUUUGUAUAUCUAAAACUUUACGAGAAUACCAGAGGGACUUAGAGGAGGAGAGAAAUGGUCAAAGACCUGGAACCAACAACAAUGGCGGUGUUAGCAGGCGACCGACUUUCCCAUGGGUCAAUACACGUUGGUUUAACAGGAACAAUAGAAUCCCAUCGCCACCACAACUAGUUAAUCCCGAAGCUCCUGAACAACUUACAUAUCCACUUAUUGACCAAUGUUCCGCAUUUGAAUAUAAACCAAUUCAAAACAGUUUCUGCGCAAACGGCAGAAAAGAUAUCAAAGAAUGGGUGUACAUUCCAGUUCGGGUGAUAACACAGAGAGAUCCAUCGUUCACAAAGUACGAUUCCUAUCCAGUCAGAAGUGGUAACAUCCGGUCCGGAAGUGACAUUUAUUCCCUCAAUACAUACACCAAACUUAAGUCGGCUUUAAAUCCAGGUCGUCCAGAUUGUUACCAAAAAUGCAAGUCUUCCCAAACCGGGGCAGGAGAGGUAUUCGUCCGCACGGACGGAAUUUCUUAUUCCGGAACUUAUCAAGAGUACGCCAUUGUUGAUCAACGACUGCCCGUCUCCGUGUCUGUAGCUUAUGUUGCCGUGAAGACUCCGAUUCGGGGAAAAACCAGCGCUGUUGUUUCAGCCUAUGAUUCCUGUGGUAGAGUCUGUCGCCCAUCAUGUUUAAAUCUCCGAACCAAGAAAUACGAGCCAUGCUCCGGAGCCAUCGACAUUACCACAAAAUUGCCACAUCUGUACGCAUAUUCGCUUGGAGACUCUAUAAUGAAGCUGUACGAAUUAGAUGGUUUUCCGCAGUUCAACGAAAACGAAAUCUUCCUCUCUUUCUUUUGUGACUAUAGCAACAAGUGGCCUUGGCAGACCGUCAUUAAUCAACACAUUCCCCAACAAUCCUUUUCUUGGACCAGGCCUACCUACCCCGGAAUAGAGGGUCCGAGACGGACUGCCCAACAAACAAGCCCUGUCCGCACGAAAUUCAAUGGGGCAACUUCUUUUGCUGGCACACUGAACAAAUGUGAUCUUGGUAAUGGAUGUAUCAUACAGAAAACAGGUCCCUGUACCAGCCCGUGCUCUGAGAAUCAGAUCUACGAGUGUACCAAUUCCUGCAACAAAUUCGCAAGGUGCACCACGGGAAAAUACUUCGUUAACCGGUGUUAUGGGGGCCAUUUUGACUCAUCGACCUUGAAGUGUAGACCCGGAAUGGGAAAAUGUUCUAUGCACGAUUACAUGUUAUAAACGGUUAAUCUGUGAUACACGACUAUGUGCCAAUAAUCAAAUCAUCUGUGAUAGAAAAAUUGUAAAGAACUAUUUAUCAUUUCUAUUUUGAUACCAAAGAAUACCGGCUAAAACGGUUCUUCGGGUAUUUUUAUAUUUUGUGUAUUUUCCAAUGUUUGUCUAGAUUGAUGUAAAUUUUGUGUAAGCUAUAUUUAACAAAUGAGUAUUAUGCAUGUAAAUUAGGGAAUAUACGCACACUGAUCAAUAACAGAGUGAUAACGCAGAAAUCCAUUAAAAGAACUUUUAUAUAACAAUAUA